GUCAGAAAUCAUCUCUUCUCUGUUUAAAAAUUAUAUCAGAAAUUUCUGAAGCUUCUCUAUAUUUUUCUUGGCCAUGACCGCGCAGAAAUCUGUGUUACAAUUAAGUGUUCAUGAAGAAGGAAUCAGGAAGAAAGCGUGGGUAGCCGUUUCUAGGUUUUCAGGGGUUACUUCGAUAGAAAUGGAUGACAAAACCGGUAAAAUGACGGUAGUUGGUGAAGUUGAUGUGCCGAGAAUCGUGAAGAAGCUAAGGAAGAUAUGUAGUGCAGAGCUUGUUACAGUUGAAGUUGUUAAACCGCCUGAGAAAAAGCCUGAACCGAAGAAACCGGAUGAUUUUGUUGCUUAUCCAUUUUCGAUUAACUACCCGUACCCAUACCAUUCAUACUAUCCAACAUACUGUUAUUGUAAUUGUGGUGAAGCAACCAAAUAAUUAAUACGUGCAGUUAUGUAAUUUUCCUAGAUUUCUUUCAGAUAACAUAAUAUAUAUUAGCAAUGUAACAACUUUUUGAUGAAAGCAUAUUAUUUGAGUUAAUGUAAUA